UAAAUAAUCGCAGUCGACGUGGAACUAUUUCACAUCGAGUGUAUAAAACAUUCAAUUUAGUUGUGUUUAGAAAAAUAUUGUUGAGUUAAAUAAGUGAUAUGGCGGAGGAAUGUGAAAGACGUCUUCGGACGACAAUAGACGAUAUCUCUAAGGAGCUUGGAUAUGACAAUCAUGAAGUAAGCGUUCGUGAGUUCCACUCAGGCGGUGCUAACUACUCUUCACGUUUGUAUCACAUAACACUAUCGGCACCAAAACAUGAAGACCUGAAACUCUUCGCGAAGGUCGCGGCCACAGCAGAAGAAGUGAGAAAGAUGUUUCCAAUCGAACUCUUUGACACAGAAAUCUACAUGUACACCAAUGUACUUAAACGAUACAGAGAAUUGGAGAACGAGAACGGGAUUGAAAAACAGUACCAGCUAACUACGAGCAAGUUUUAUGGAUUUAGUAAAGAGUAUCUGUACGAGACAUUGGUGAUGGAGGACAUGGUGGCUAAAGGCUUUAAGACGUAUGAUAGAUUCAAGAGCAUUGAUUGGCAGCAUGCUUCUCAGGCAGUGUUUGAACUGGCAAAGUUCCACUCGCUUUCGAUGGCUGUAAGAGAUAAAAACCCUGAGGAAUUUGAUAAUUUAACAAGAAAUUUUAGCGUAUUAUUUGACGACGAUCAAUUUAGAAAUUUCUUUAAUACCGCUUACAAAGCAUCUAUUCCGGCUGUUAAAGAGGAGCAUCGGCAGCGGCUGGCCGACUUUAUUGAAAAGCAAGACUUCGACUUGUAUAAUAGACCCAUACGAUACCCUGUACUGACGCACGGAGAUUACAGGCCUAGUAAUUUGAUGUAUAAAGUAUACGAGGAUGGCAAGUUAGAUAUCGUGCCGUUAGACUAUCAAGGAUGUCAGGUUUCCAGUCCGUUAAGGGACUUAAUGUAUUUCAUAUUUUCCGGAUCCGAUGGAGCUUUCCGCGCCCGUUACUAUCGUCAACUGCUCGACUUCUAUUAUACUGAAUUAAGUAAAGCAUUGCGAAGGUUACACGUGGACCCUGAAAAAAUAUAUUCUAGAGAAGAUUUUGAGUACGAAUUAGAAUUGAUGCAACCGUACGGCCUGAUCAUGGGUGUAAUGCUGCUUCCUGUUGUAACAGUGCACGAGGAAAACGCUCCCGAUAUGACAUCAAGCAAUUUUGAUGACUUUGCGGUUACGCCUAACGAAAUUUGUGCGCAGAGAUUGAACGAAGUCGUUGAGGAUUUCAUUGAAUUGGGAGUAUUAUAAUUUGUUAAAA